AUGGUCUCCGCCAACGACCCGGAAGGGAGCAACGCUUACUGUGUGACAGUUCCCUCCAUCGUGUUCUUUGUUUUUACGCCCAUUCUUGUCCUCAUUCGAUUAUGGAGUCGCAGAGCAACAAGUUCUACUAUCGGGAUGGAUGACUGGACAAUUCUAGCGUCAUUUGCUUGCUUAUUGGUUGUCCAGAUUCUCAUGAUACUGUCAGUGUCACACGGGUUCGGACGACACGUGAGUAGUCUUGCUGCCGAUGACCGUUUGAUGGCACUCAAGCUCUUUUACGUUGCGCAAAUCUUCUACAAACUCACUAUCAACCUGACCAAGGCAUAUAUCCUCGCCCUUUCCCUACGAAUCUUUGUCCAGCGCUGGUUCUGCAUUUCUUGCUACGUUCUCCUGGGGGUUAUUCUCAGCUACACAUUUGCCACAACCUUCUCAUCCAUCUUUCAGUGCAAUCCAAUCAAUGGCGCUUGGGAUAAGUCAACAAGCCCGAAAUGCAUCGACUUGACGGUGAACUGGUAUAGUAACGCCGGAUUUUCCAUUGCUACCGACAUUCUGAUCCUUCUACUACCUAUGCAGCCAAUCUGGGCCUGUAAACUUCCUAUCAACCAGAAGAGAGCCCUGAUACUGGUUUUUGCUCUUGGUGGUUUCGUCACUGUUACGUCCAUCAUGCAUGAUAUCGCUUCGACACUUUGGACGCUCAUCGAACAGAAUGUGGCAAUUAUCUGUGCCUGCUUGCCGAUGUGCCGUCUGCCACUUGCUAGCAUACUCCCCUCAUCUAACAACCUGUACGGAUUUAAUGAUACGCCGGAGAACAACUCGAGCAGCCACAGCAGCACCUAG